CUUACGAUUUUACACUUCUAUGUCAUCAAAACGCUGCUACGUAGAAUCACACUUUUUUCCUUAUAAGGGCCCGUUUGGAGAAUUGGAGUCUAAAUCUAUAGAUUCUAGACAAUCCAAAGAUUUUAACUCUCUGGAUUGUUGAAAAAAGAUUUGAAAAUGUUCAUUGUUUGGUAACUACGAUUGCUAACAUCCAAUGAAAAAAGAAAUUUAUUUUUUUAUUAAAUGAUAUAUUUAUCCUUAACUAAAAUAAUUAGAUUGACUCGAAAACUAUUGAGAAUCUAUUGGUGAGGGUAUUUAGUGGGAUAAAUGAAAAAAAAAAAGAUAUAGUAGGAGAAAGAAAAUCUCCAAAAUCAAGAUGUAGAAUCUCUCUAAUUAUGAGAGAUUUAAUAUCUCUAGAUUUUAGAGAUUUAAAAUCUCUGAAGCUACAAUCCACAAUAAAAAAGUAACAAAAAAAAAACAUAACAUUUUACUAAAUCUAUUGAUUCAAUAAAUCCAUGAUCCAAAUCUUGUUCUCCAAACGAGCCUAAAUGUAGUCAAAAUCUAAGUUUUAAAGCUUACGGUUUUACACUUCUGUAUCACCAAACGCUUCUACAUAGAAUCGCGAUUUUGACUACGUUACAUGUAACAACAUUGAAGAAUUCCGCGCCCUCCUUUGCAAGCAAAAUUUUCUAGCAAACAAAUUACUUUCGGUUGAUGUUGUUAGGAAAUUCUAUUUCCUAUAAUCUUUGAUAAUCUGAUAAGAUGAAGUUCCGGAGAUUACAUGUGUUAUGCUUAAUUCUAACAGAUGUUAACCAUUUAACGUACAAUAACUACACAUAACGUGGGAAAAUCGAUAAUAGUUUCAACUUUCAACCCUACACAUAACGUGGGAAAAUCGAUAAUAGUUUCAACUUUCAACCCAUAGGACAAUAUUAUUGGAAUCUAGAAGCUGUAAAAACAUUUUUUAACAGUAGUAAAACCCUAACCCAACUCUCCUACAUAAUUAAGAAGCAAUUAUUGGCGGGGGCAAUGAAUGAGAGGAAAAAGGGGUCGGGAGGGGUCCCAAUCCAGCUACUGCCACUAAAGAAAACAAAAAAAAGAAAGAACAGAGUUCUGUGAAUGUAAGGAACCAACAACCACAAACACUACCAACAAGUUUCUGUUGUGAUUAAACCCUCCCUCCAAUAAUAUUAUUCAAAGGGACUCCUUUUUCUGAACACUGCUGAUAGUUUAUUAAUAGCACAACAUGACAACCUUAUUAAAAACUUAUCUCUCCUGGGAGAUACCUAACUUCUAGAGAUUCUAGUACAAUCACAGCACAGUAGGCUUCAUUCUAUCUUAUCUAUGAAAUCAAAUUAGGCCCCAAAAACAACUAUCCCCACUAUCCUAUCUUAUCUAUGAAAUCAGGUUCUCAUGAUUUUAACUGGAAGGUAUAAGAUUAAGAUCUAGUUGCCUAAUGUUGUUGCAAAUCAGGAACAAUAACAGAGUUGAUGAAAUUGUAUUGAAGAUGCAAUCCAUUUGGCCAAUAGCUCGAAGUUUAAUAGUGAAACUGUGAAAUUCACAUAGCUUACCAUUUUGAGAUUGUACGUGUGAACAGCCAGCUAUCAUGGAUUUGCCUGAUAUUAAUGAGGUCAUGUGGUAUUAGACAUAUUUGACGGAUCCUUUCCUGAGAAGAAAAAAAAAAAGUGAAACUGUCAAGAACACAUAACAAAAAAUCAUACCAGUUUAAUAUCCCUUAGAACACUGCAUAUUGAGAAAGAUUUCCCCAGAUUGCGUAGAGAAGCACUAGUUUUUUUUUUUUUUUUUUUGGUGGGAGUAGAGAAGCACUAGUUAACUGGCCUGAAUGGAAGCUUUCACUUUUGCCCAAAAAAGUUAACACACAACCUUCGUGUCUCUAUGGUAAUGGUUGCCCAUUUUGGGGGUAGUCUGUCCUCCACCUGCACCAGAAGGAACAAAAGCCUUUUACUUUCUGCAAUUAUAGGUAGGAAAAGCAGCAGCUUAGGGGCAGCGUAUAUAACUUGCAAAAACCAUCAACAAACAAAGUAAACGACUUUUCAUAUAUAUCAUGUCUUGGGUAAUCAUGAACAGCCCUUAAAGGAAGUAAUCGAUACCAGGAAAUGCCAUAGCAAUCACUACAAUGAAUCACCAUAAUGAAUCUGCAAACUGGGGCAAACUAAUAAUUCUUAGGGAACUUGCUCAAACAGUUAGAUGAUGAUUCUGUUAGCAGCCAAAGAGUUUUGCAAAGCACAAUAAUGGUCACUGGUUCGUAUUAUUUGCAAGUGGUCCAUCUAAUGAAUCCACUAAGUUAGGGAGGAUAGGGAAAGAUUGGACACUUUGAGACGAUAAAUAAACAACCUUAAUUUUUAACUUCUGUGAGCCGAAUAAAGGCGGGGACGAGUUAGCAUGAUUGAACCCACCAGCAGCCGGAAACCUUUCAUGGGCUUAACCUUAUGGAUAUGAUCAUUGAGAUGACAAUAAUUCUCCAAAUCGAGAUUCACAGUUAUGGAGAUUAACCCUAAUGAUCAAUCAUGCAGAUUUUGAUGUCAUUCUAUAUUCUAUCUCAACAGUGAAAAAAGGUCGAACUCAUGACUGUUAUGCAGUAAGGGACAAGUAAUAUAGGUGGACGGCAUUAUUGCUAAUUUUGACAGAUACGCGGACAUCGGAAAGAAAAAGAAAAAAGCUCGAAACUUUGCUUAUCAAACGCUAGUGAUUGAUGAAAUUUAAAAAAAAAAAACUACCCUCUAGCAUUCUCAGUCAGUGCUUCACUAGACAAAGAGUAGGUACAAAUUCGUCAAGGAGUGCUUAAAUUAACAUGAAAAUGAACACAACCCAAAAUAAUUAAUCAGUUGUGGGGCCGUACCUAAUCACCAUUAUAUUGGGGGAGAGAUGCAACCUUGAUCCCAAGAGAAUAUGCAGCAGAAAGAACCCUGUAGUCUCCACUCCUCAAUCCUCCCCUGAAAACCAAAAGAAAGCCGCAUUAGCAUCAGAGCCACUGAACCAUGAAGCCAACCAAGCUCAGGCUUCAAUCGGUGGCUGCAUUCAUUUGCUUCUGCGCCGCUUACGUGGCAGCAGCAGAAGCAAGAAUUCAGAACUCUGCAGCUAAGAAGACGUACAUAAUCCACAUGGACAAAUCCACCAUGCCCGAAACCUUCGACGAGGACGACCACGAACAAUGGUACAGUUCGUCUCUCAAAACAGCAUCAGAAUCAGCCGACAUGCUCUACACUUACAGCACACUAAUCCACGGAUUCUCCACGAGGCUCUCUCCAGAGGAGGCACAGUCGCUCGAGAAACAGCCAGGAGUGCUCUCCGUCACACCCGAAACCAUCUACGAGCUCCACACGACUCGAACCCCAAAAUUUCUCGGGCUAGAACAGAGCGAAGCCCUCCCUCUCCUCCCCGCAUCAGGAUCGGUGAGCGAGGUGAUCGUCGGAGUCCUCGACACCGGAGCAUGGCCGGAACUCGAGAGCUUCAACGACCAAGGGCUCGGCCCUGUUCCCAGCAACUGGAAAGGAACAUGUGAGGUAGGGAAAAACUUCGACUCGACGAAAUGUAACAAGAAAUUAAUCGGAGCGAGGUAUUUUUUAAAAGGGUAUGAAGCAUCAUUCGGACCUGUUGAUGAAACCGUGGAAUCCAAGUCGCCAAGAGACGACGACGGCCACGGAAGCCACACGUCGACCACUGCAGCAGGUUCGGUAGUCUCCGGAGCUAACCUGUUCGGUUUUGCUCCUGGUUCGGCUCGAGGAAUGGCCCCACAGGCUCGAGUGGCCAUCUACAAAGUGUGCUGGCUCGGCGGGUGCUUCGGGUCGGACAUUCUAGCCGCCAUGGAGAAAGCCGUGGAGGACGGAGUCGACGUGAUGUCGCUGUCGAUUGGAGGCGGAGUAUCGGAUUACUACAGGGACACGGUGGCGAUCGGAGCUUUCUCUGCUGCUGCUGGCGGGGUCUUCGUCUCAUGCUCUGCGGGGAACGGAGGACCGAGUCAGGGCAGUCUGUCGAACGUCGCCCCCUGGAUAACCACCGUGGGAGCUGGCACACUGGACCGGAGCUUCCCCGCUUACGUCAGCCUGGGAAACGGGAGGAACUUCACCGGGACGUCGCUCUACAGCGGGAAGCCGCUGACGAACAUGCUGGUCCCGUUGGUAAACGCGGUCAACGCGAGCGAUGAUUCGUCGUCGUCGGGGAAUUUGUGCUUGUCGGACAGUUUGGUGGCGGAGAAGGUCGCCGGGAAGAUUGUGAUUUGUGACCGUGGAGGGAGCAGCAGAGUUCAGAAGGGUCUGGAGGUGAAGAGAGCCGGCGGGGUCGGAAUGAUUCUGGCGAACACAGAGUUGAACGGUGAGGAGCUGGUUGCUGACGCCCACCUCCUGCCAUCAUCCGCCGUGGGGGAGAAAUCCGGCGACGAGAUCAAAGCCUACGCUGCUUCCGAUCCCAAGGCCACAGCCACGAUCGUCUCCGGCGGGACGCACGUUGGGGUCGAGCCGUCUCCGGUGGUGGCAGCGUUCAGCUCCAGAGGUCCCAACCUGGUGACUCCGGAGAUCCUGAAGCCUGAUGUAAUAGGGCCAGGGGUUAACAUCCUGGCCGGUUGGACUGGCGCGAUCGGUCCGUCCGGACUGGCCAACGACACGAGGAAUGUGAGCUUCAACAUCAUUUCAGGAACUUCCAUGUCUUGCCCACAUGUGAGCGGCCUGGCCGCUCUGAUCAAGGCAGCUCACCAGGACUGGAGCCCUGCAGCCAUCCGGUCCGCCCUCAUGACCACAGCUUACACGGCUUACAAAACCGGGUCGAUAAUCCAGGACGUGGCCACAGGUCGAGCGGCCACGCCAUUCGAUUAUGGAGCUGGACAUGUGAACCCGAUUGCAGCCCUCGAUCCCGGCCUGGUCUACGAUGCGACGGCAGAGGACUAUUUCGCGUUCCUCUGUGCUCUGAACUACACGUCGGAGUUGAUCAAACGGGCGACCAACAAAGCAUUCACUUGCGACUCAAGCAAGAAGUACAGCCUGGGCGAUAUGAACUACCCGUCUUUCUCCCUCGCCCUCGACACAGCGUCGGGCAUAGGAGGUGGAAGUGGGGGUGCGGCUACUGUGGUCAAGUACAGCCGGACGUUGACCAAUGUGGGGUCUCCGGGGACGUACAAGGUGGAAUUGGCUUCGGAGACUCGCGCCGUGAAGAUGUCAGUUGAGCCCUCGACCCUGACCUUCGGCCAAGAGAAGGAGAAGAAGAGUUACACGGUGACGUUUACUGCAACCUCGAUGCCUUCAGGGACAACCAGCUUUGCUCAUCUGGAAUGGUCGGAUGGAAAGCAUGUCGUUCACAGUCCAAUAGCUUUCAGCUGGGUAUAAGCAAAAUGAUAUUCAGGGUGAUAACGAACAAGUACAAAUAUUACUGUUCAUAGGAAGUGCAAAGUGCCAGAAUGUUUACUUGUUAAGAAUUUCCCUUCACAAUUCCAUCCCUUCUUGUUGUGAUUGUAGUUUCCUCUGCGAGACUACUAGGACAGAGAAGACAGGUUUUCAAUAAUUGUACAGAAAACCCAUAAUAGUAAUCACAUGUGCAAAUCAAGGUGUUUCUGUUAUUGUGCCUUGUUAACAGAACAAGCCUGUAAUGGAAUGCCUGAUGGCUGAUAAACAAGAGCCACCGAAUAACCUCAUCAAGUUGGGAAUUGGGCAAAGCCGUUUCCCAAUUGCAGCAGCCCACAAGCAAGUUCAAAGGGCGACAGCCACUUCAUUUCAACUAAUAAAGUGGAAAUGACAUUAGGAAAUGGGCUUCCAUCAUAGAUUUGAGCAGCAAUAUGCUCCGUGACCAAGGAAGCACCAAGGCCUACCCUAUUAUGUUAGCCACACCAUAGUUCUAACAGCUUAUUGGCUCUUCCCACCUUUUAGUCUUCUUGGGGAUCCACCUCUACACCUGAGACUAGGGUCCAUUACAUUUGCCAAUACCAAGUGUUACAGGGAAGGUAAAAAGGUAUGAGCACAGUAUGUUGCGUGGGAAAGCAUCUACCAAAGACAAUGAAAUGUGCCAAUGUUG